UGAUUGCAGGAGUUUAGCUCUGAUUAAAAACAAAAUAUAAAAUGCCAACACUCAAAAUGCUUUUGCCGAUGCCUAAGUCCCUGCUCACGUCUUCCCAGGAGCAGGUGGUGGAAACCAAGAACGUGAUCCAUCAGUCUGGGAAAGAUGUCAACAGACCAGGGUUACUGGACCAACCUGACAACCCUUCAGAAAAUCGCUCUGGCCCUCGGGAUCCCUGCCAGCGCAACUGUCCUGUACAUCUUGUAUCGCAGGUACAGAGAAAGCCGAGAGGAGCGGCUGACCUUCGUAGGAGAGGAUGACAUUGAAAUUGAAAUGAAGAUCCCACAGGAGGCUGUGAAAUUGAUCAUCGGACGGCAGGGCGCCAGUAUCAAACAGCUGAGGAAGGAGACGGGCGCUCACAUUGAUGUGGAGGACUCCGGUGAGGAGCGGGUGCUGCUGAUCAGUGGCUUCCCCGUCCAGGUGUGCAGAGCGAAAGCUGCUAUCCACCAGAUCCUGGUGGACAACGCCCCUGUGUCAGAACAGUUCUUUGUGCCGCAGAGAGCCGUUGGCAGGAUUAUCGGCAGGGGCGGCGAGACGGUGCGAGCCAUCUGUCGCAGCUCAGGGGCCAGAGUGGUCUGCGAGAAGGAGACAGACAACACCCUGUGUCUGACCCGGCUCAUCAGCCUCUCAGGGACCCGCAAGGAGGUGAAUGCUGCCAAGCAACUGAUCCUGGAAAAGCUUUCGGAGGACGACGUGUUUCGAAAGAAACUGGCCCUGUCGGCGGCAGCCCGGUGCCUGCGCAAGCAGCCCUUGGGCAUGAGGAGAGAGGAUCCUGGGCAGCAGGGGGAGCUGCCAAGCCCCAGCGGCGAGGCCCUCUGCCAGCUGGUGAGCCCUCAGGAAGGGGCAGGGGAUGGAAACCGGCUGCUGGCUGCAGAAGCCUUGGACCAACCACAGGAGCUCAGAGCUGAGAGCGAGUCCCCAGAGGAGCCGGUAAUGGAGCCCAGCCAGGCAGUGCCCAUGUUUGAGGUCCCCAGCCCUGACUUCAGCUUCCACGCGGACGAACACCUGGAGGUUUACGUCUCGGCCUCAGAGAACCCCAGCCACUUCUGGAUCCAGAUCGUUGGCUCCCGCAGCCUGCAGCUCGACAAGCUGACCUGUGAGAUGUCCCAGUACUAUGGGAGUAGCAGCCAGUCGCCUGAAUUCCCGACCGUCCGAGUAGGCGACAUCGUGGCUGCCCCGUACGCUGAUCACGGCGCCUGGUACCGGGCCCGAGUCCUGGGUACCCUGGAGAACGGCAACUUGGAUCUGUAUUACGUCGACUUUGGGGAUAACGGGGAAGCCCCGCUGGAGGUGCUGCGAGCCUUGCGGAGUGACUUCCUGAGUCUGCCCUUCCAGGCCAUCGAGUGCAGCCUUGCUGGGAUCGCCCCCGUGGGGGAGCAAUGGGAAGAGGACGCCCUGGAUGAAUUCGAUCGCCUCACCUGUUGUGCUGAGUGGAAGCCCCUGCUGGCCAAGAUUUCCAGUUACGUCCAGUCUGGGGUCUGUACCUGGCCACGCAUCCAGCUGUAUGACACCAGCCAGGGACAGAGCCUUGAUAUAGGGGGGGAGCUGGUCCGGCUGGGUCACGCCGUGCGGUGUCUGCAAGAGGAGGAUGACGCUGCGGGGGACGGCGCCCCCCAGAUGGGGAAGGAGGCCACGGCCGAGGCGUUCCAGAAGAUGCUGGGGAAUGCUGCAGGGACCUCCCUCGAGAGCCUUCUGUCGGAGACCUGCGUCAGCCUUUCAGGCCGGCGCCGGGGAGCCAUGAUGCUGCGCCUGUUCUACCCGCUGCCUCUCCUCUUCUGUGCAGAAGCCGCCUCUGUGUCUGGAAGUGGUGACGAUGUUAUUCUGGUCGAAGAUGAUUUGCUGUGAUCCCCUCCCCACCCCUUCCCCGAGCAGCAGCGAGCCGGAGGCGUCGCGGAGGGUGGUGCGAGGUUGGUGCCUGGAUUGAGACGACCAUGAGGACUCCCCGGCGGGGGCGGAAGAAUAAAAUACUGCGGGGAAAGUGGAAGGAGAGACCACAGCCAUUGGGGACUUGUGGGACCCACCCCUUCUCCGGGUCCUGAAACAACGGGUUUGCAUCGUAACCUUGUCCUCAUCUGUGGGCAUGUGUGUUUGGGGCGGGGGCUGCACCGCAUCGAGUGCAUGUUGCUGGUGUGUGACUGCCCUUCUUGGGGGCUCUCUGGGAUGCGGGGGGCUGGGAUGGGGAGUGGGUGUUUUUCAUUGCAUUUGGAGGGUGCUGGUCCUAGAGAUCCUGGGGCUAACUGCCAGCGUCUGUUGAGUCGGACGCCGGGGUUCCGGCUAUGCGGUUCUGCGGCGCUCCGUGGAAUACAGGUGUUCCGGGGGUUGCCGUGUUGCAGUCCCCUUCUAUCCCAGUUGACGGCUGCUGGGCUGUCCUGGUGUAAAUCCAGAGUAACUUCACGGACUGCAUUUGAGUUGUCUAUAGCUGCUGGUGUAACAGAGAGCAGUAUCAGGCCUGCUGGGCCCCACUUCCUUCUGGACAGCUGAGCCCCUCCUUCCCUGGACUGGGGGGAGGCCCCCGCUCGCUCUCCUGCAGGCCAUUUGGCUGGGUUGCGCUCGCUGACUUCGGUUUUGGUUUAAAUCUCGGAGCAAGGCGCCUGCACCAAAGGCUCCACUCCGCCGUCCUUCCCACUGCAGGAGGGAGACACCGGCGCUCUGGUGACGUGACUGGCUGAGCUUUCUCUGCUGCAGAAAUGGGGCCGGAGGAUGGUUGUGACGCCCCGAGCUUUGACAGCACUUGCUUUAAUAAAAUAAAAGGUUUCUUCUUUUUGAACGUGAGAAUCCUCUUAAGCUGCCAACGUUGGAGCUGCAUUUUCGUUUCAAUAAACGCAGACUGAGCUGGUCUUUUUUUCUUUUUUGGUGGCUGAAUCUGCUUCGGUGCAGAACCGCCCCAGCAUGUAGCAUUUGUAGAGAGUUUUGGAGGGGGUGGUUUCUGGAGCGCUCUGCAUGGACUUACUGGUCUUCCCCUUGGAGAUGACGGGAGCUGAGUUAGGCCAGAAGCGGGGGCUUUGAAGAUUUGCUUCAUAAAGGAGAAGUCUGGGCAAAGUGUGUUUAGCCUGCUGACCACUGGAGAGUACCUGGCUGGCUCCGUCAAAGUUCCUGUCUGGGAAUUGGCCAAAGCUUUAUGCCUCUAUCCAAAGUGGCUUUGGAAGUCUCUCACUGCAGAGGCUGCCUUGUUGUGAAGAUGGGCAUUUCCUGCCAGAUGGGUGCAUUGUUUUCACCCCAGCCCCAUUUGGGGGGGUGAACAGGGGGCGAUCAAACAAGGUUUGGGAGAGCUGUGUACCUCAGCCAUUGGUUUCUUUCUUAAAUAAAAGUUCCAUUGAGAGUU